UUCAUUGGACCUUGACAUGCUUGCUUAUCUUGUAAACAUGAACGACUUUUCAAACCAUCAUCUGUCAAGAAUAGAUACAUUACUUCACAACAUUCCAUCAGAAACCCCCAACCAUCCUCGAAACGCUCAACAUGCUCUGCACAGUGUGUGAUCGCUUGAAUGUAACCGACCUGCUCAAGCAGGCAAAGGCCAAUAGUGGUAAGAGUCGGGAUUCAUAUGACUACCUAGUUUUUGAGCAUCACAAAAGAUACGAUGAUCUCGUGACUGCAGCCUCGUCUGGGUGUGAGCUUUGUCUGCUUCUUCAACGGCAAUGCGAGGAAGAAGAGGUUGAAAUAGACUAUGAUGGUACAUUAUCUACACGGGAGCAAAGCUUUCGAAACAUUGAGGCCGGGAAUAAGCCCCUAGACUUGCGAGUAGAAAUUGAGGCUUCGCAUCUAUAUUCUCAAGAGUUCCAAAGAGCAAAGGUUUUUGAUCAUUUGACUUUCAAACAGCGGCACGAUGAUGGGUAUUAUAAUAGCUACACUGUUAUGAUUUGCAUUCUGCAGACGCCGAAAGACCAACCUAAAUUUAUCGACGAUACUCGAAUAGGUCAAUUUAUCAUUGACGAGGAUUUGGCAUCAGACGCAAACUUCGAUAUUGCACGAGGCUGGAUGAACACUUGCAUUGCUGAACACUCUGAAUCGAAAUGUCCUUCGGUUGAAGACGAAGUAUUACCUUCUAGGGUGAUCGAUGUUGGUUCGGAAGAUGCGAAUCCAUCUCUUUUUGUGGCCAACGGUCUGAGGGGAAAAUAUACCGCACUGAGCCAUUGUUGGGGAGGGGAAAUUGAGACCAUUUUAACAAAAUCGAAUCUGCAAUCGCUCCAGAAAGAGAUCAAAAUGACAAGCUUACCAGCUAAUUUCAGAGACGCAAUUUUGAUCACUCGCGGGCUCGGCUUUCAAUAUUUGUGGAUCGAUUCCUUAUGUAUCAUUCAAGACUCCAUACACGAUUGGUCAACUGAAUCAACAAAGAUGGGAGACAUAUAUCGAAACUCUGUCCUAACUAUCGGAGCAGCAGCAGCACACAAAGCUGCCGAUGGUAUACUUCACACUCGAUCACCAAAAUCUCGCGACUUGAAGCCUAAACUUAAAUUGUCAAAAGAUAGUGGAUCUGAUGACAUUGUGGAAAUUGCUAGCUCCAUCUUGCGGCGUGAAGAUCUCGCCGGAUUGAUGCGAUAUGGACCUCUACAAUCUCGAGCUUGGGCAUUGCAAGAGAGAAUACUCUCACCUCGAAUAUUGUGGUAUGGUCGCAGACAAAUCUAUUGGCAAUGCCAAUGUGGAUUUCAAUCUGCGGACGGCACGCCAUCAAGUGGUAGGGGUUUCCCCUCGAGUGAGAGCUACAUUUAUCCGAUAAUUACACAAAGUCUUAUUUUUAACCAAAAUUACAAUGAUAAGUUCACGAUAAUCUCCGAGGAAGAACUGCUAGAAAUGAAUCGCGAGUAUCAUUUUAUGGUUGAGGAUUACUGUAACCGAAAUCUGAGUGACCCAAAUGAUAAACUCCCAGCCUUUGCCGGCAUUGCAGCACUACUCCACAAAGGAGUUGGAGGACAUUACUUAGCUGGAAUAUGGAGUAAAUAUUUCCGGGAAAACUUGCUAUGGAAAACUCUGACGAGGAAAUCACGUCGUACAAUGCAGUACCGAGCACCCUCAUGGUCCUGGGCUGUUAUGAAUGAAGGAGAUAUACAUUACGACAAGCCACUUCGCUUAGCAUCUACCCUUUAUGAUCCUAUUCUCUCGUCACAUCACAUCGAACUUUCUAGCGCGAAUCCUUAUGGUGCUGUCAGAUACGCCCAUAUCAUUGUCGACGCGCUGACGCUGAAGUUGAUUCACCUAGGUCAAUAUAGAAAUCCUGCCAACGAAAUCGAAUUCUGUUUAAGAGUAGAGUCGUCUGGGGAUGACGACUUCAGCUUCUACGUCCCUCGAACUAUUCUCGAAGAGGGGGUCGAAAUUAAAAUACCAGGUGUGGGAGUUAAAGCAUCUAUAGAUGCCAAACCCAUUCAUAAACAUCCCAGGCUCGAGAUCUUUCGUCAUUACUACUGGGAUGAGAAAGCCCCCGAUUGGUCGGCUGUUUCUCCGCUCAAGUACAAAGUUAUGCUCGUAGGGUUAAGGCCGUUGCCGAGUAAUUCCAGAGGUCGCAUUUCCAUGCUGGGAUCAAUAACGACGUUAAAAUGUCUGAUCUUGCAAGAGGAUCCCGAAGAUGCAAAAUUAUGUAGACGUGUGGGACAAAUGGCCCUAUUUGACUUCUACACAGAUACAACAAAGCCGGAUUGGGAUGCAUGGCUGGCUUCAGAUUGGUGGGAGAGAGAAACCCUAAAGUUAAUUUGACCUGGAAUCUGGCAGAGGAAGAUAUGUGGUGUUCUAGCAGUAGUCCUGAAUUUUCAUGCAAAGUACGACUUCGUUAAUUUAUGAGCUAUGGGUGAUCAGAGUGGAGGGAGGGUUGGGUUAGGAUGGUCAGUCCACGGGAGUUUCAAACCUGGUGCAAUAUAACUGCAUUGAAAUUGCGAGAUACUAGUUUUUGAGAUCUUAAGAGCAUUUGGAUUUUCUAUGAAAUGUUCAAACACUAAAUAUUAUUCAACAGAAACAAAAGCAACUUGC